AUGAUGGGUAGUUGGAGGAGGGAAAGGUAAGUAAGUAAGUGGUGGUUGGGUGUGUGCAACCCAAGGGACAGUCUAGGAAUGGAGGGGCAUGGUGGGGUAGGAGCCAAGCCGUAUCAUACAUUUAGUUACCCUCCCCACGACACCCAAUCACUUAAAGUCACCUUCGGCGGAAAAAAAAAACAUAUCCCAUCCUGGACAAUUCCUACCAUACAAAAUCGAAAACUUCUGUUCGCAAUUGGCGGGCAAACAACAAACGAGGGAACUGACAAACCUCCCGGAUCGAUGCUACGAACUACUCUUCGGCGGAUGCAGCCUUCGCCUCGCUCUGCUUUUUCUCCUUUCGUUUGCAUUUUUUGCGAGAAGAAGGGGCCCAAUCUUGAGCGAGGACUAACGACCAAGGAUGUUGGACAAUUGAAUUCAGUCGAACCCCCACCUAUAACAGAUGCUCCAGCCAGCUCCCCGAAGAAGUCUGAGAGUCUUAUGGAUAUCCUAAGAAAGGAUAUGCUCGACCGCAAGGAGGGAGGGAGCCGGAAAAAAGUUGCAAGGAAAGCAAAAGCAUCGGAGAAAAAAGAAUCUAAGAAGGCAAAGGCGGGUAAGAAGGGGAAGGUUAGUCUCUUCCAAGCAGAGUCCGCAGUUGCUAUGUCUCCAAAGAAGAAGAAGGCUCUUCGGGUUUGUUUGCUCUCCCUUCUCAUGUGAGUUGUAAGGUGUGUAGCUAAUCUACAUAGCGUGCUCGUGGAUCUACAAUACCGGGCCUAUCGGUUUUGGGGGCUCUACGGGAUAACCCUAAGUACGAGGUGUUGGAUCCUAGAUCUCAGGAGAUUGAACGUACGCUUGAAUCUUGCCCCUUUUUUUGGGGGGCCUAGAGUUUUAAUUGACUUGAAUAGGAAUCGAGAGAGAGGACCAACCGGAGGUUGCUAGAUUAUCGCACGACCUGGACAGGGUGCUUUUCAAGUAAGAGUCUUCCCACAGAAAUCGUGCGUUCUGGGUCUAACCACAAAGCAGUCCAGGCGUUCACUACCUUCAAGACCCCCGAUCCCGUGUCUACAAUUUCGACCCCUACCUCCAAGAGAUCAUGCCGGUUACGGAGUUUGAUUUUGAUGCCGUAGCAAGCUACAUUGUUUCCUCUGAGGAUCAAAGGCUGUCCUCAUUAGCCAAAGAACUAGGUAAAAAGUACGUCGGAUCUACGUCUAGUAUGACUGCAGUUUUGUCGCACUUCCACUUCCUCUUAUCCCAAUGGCGGCCAUUAAACUUCCUGAGUCUUUCGAAAGCUUUCAGAGGAGAGUUUAAAACGUUUACCCAGAUAACCCGAGCCCCAGCUGCGAUAUUUUUACGAUAUAAAGGGAAUGGAACGUAUGCUAUUGAUCCGGAUAAGGAAUAUGAUACAGACAGUGUAUUGAGCCUUCUUGGCCGGUCAAUGGAAAAGUUGCUCACUUCAGCGCCGUCGAAUUUCGAAUCGAAAUAUAGGAGGGGUAACCCUAGGUCGGAAGAAGAGCCACUGACAAAACGGCCGGAGACAUACCACUACUCUACCCUGGGAGAUUUUCUGAUGCGUUCGCAGUUGGACGCCCAUGACCCUCGGCUACCGGGGACCGGAAUGUUUGACUUGAAAACAAGGGCAGUAGUCUCUGUUCGGAUGGACAUUGAAAAUUUCCAUAUUGGCUCUGGAUACCAGAUUAAGACGAGGCUUGGCACCUGGGAGUCAUUUGAGCGAGAGUACUAUGAUAUGAUGAGAGCGGCAUUCCUGAAAUACUCGCUCCAGGUGAGGAUGGGUCGUAUGGACGGUAUAUUCGUCGCUUUUCACAACACAGAAAAGAUUUUCGGAUUCCAAUACGUCUCCCUGGACGAAAUGGAUGCAGCGAUACAUGAGGAUUGGGGUACCGGAAUCGGAGAUCAAGAAUUUAGGCUUAGCCUACAGCUAUUCAAUAAAGUUCUUGACAAUGCCACCAAAAAGUAUCCGGAGCAAGUAUGUUUUUCUUGCUGUGAUCUGCUUUCUUUAUAUCUAAAUAUGUGUGUGUGUUUGGCUAAUGAUUCGCAGUCACUGCACUUACACUUUGAAACUAGAGAUACAGCGAGGAAUCCUAUGGUUAUCGUUGCAGAGCCAAUUGACGAAGAAGAGGUUGAGAGGAGGCAAACGGGGAACAAGCGCGAUUUGGCAGACUUCCUGGAAUCCCUGGAUGCGCAGAUGAAGGGUGGGGCGGGACUUUCGCCUUCGCUUAAAGACCUUGAAGAUCAAGGAAAGGACGGCGAAAAGGGAGACAUAUCCGACGAGGAGGAAGGCGUUCGAAAAGAUAUCCAAGAGGAAGAAGAGGCUGAUGACGAAGAGGUCGAGGAUCAUGGCGAGGAUGAUCUCCAAGAGAGCGGCGAAAGUGAAUCAGAGGAAGAGAGUGACGAAAGCGAUGUCGAAGAUGCCGAAGAGAUCGAAUCCAACCAGGGUGUCAAAGAGGUUACCAUGGGCGGUGUCGAAGGAGAUGCUACCGGAGCUCUCAGGGACAACCCGGAGGGGGACUCUGAAGCCACAGGCCUAGCAGGAGUUGGCGACGGGAAAGAAGCGAAAGCACCUGAAAAACUUCCAGAGAUGUAUGUGCAGGUCAUGUACAUCAGAAACUAUGUGAACGAGAAAGCAGUCGCUCGGCCCACGCGCCUAGGGGAGAGUGAUAGCUGGAAAGUCGCUGUUGCAAUAGAUGAGCUCCCGCUAAAAGCCGCUUAUAUGACCAACGUGGGCGUCGUAAAGCGAAGAAGGAGGGUCACCGAGCACCGGAUGGUCACAGAGGACGAUGCAGAAGCUGGGGCAUACAUUCGGCAGUUGAGGAGUAUGUCAAGAGCGGGAAGGGAUUGGGCCAAGGCGCAGGAAAAGAUGUUUUCCGGCGAGCCCGUUCUUUAUAAACCAGGAUCGGGUUAGAUGGAUAGGUGAUGGGGACGGGAAGAUCUGGAAUGAUUGAGAAAUGGUGGGUCUAGCGUAUGAUGGUUAUCUUCAUUUCAUUUUUUUGUAUCUUAUGGAAGGCCGUGUAGGAUACCGGUAUGGGAUUUGUAGAGAGAGGAAAUCUAGUGGCGAAUAUCUCCACUCUGGGUACGUGUUUUUUCUUUAUUGGGGGGAGAUUUCGCCUGUUUCCUUAGGCGGCCAGUGUUUCUAUGUAGAUUUACAUGUACAGUACUCUGUUGUAUGAUGGCUAUUAUCAAUCGAGAGGGUCCUAUAGCGUGCUUGUAUUAGCGUAUUACAAUAGAUGAUGCUUCUAGAUAGCGUAUCAUUUGCCAUGUACUCGUACUCGUACUGUACCGUACUGUGCAAGGGACAGCGAAUAUCACGGCGGGUGACGAGAUUCCUCCAGCAAAAACGUCGGGUGCGGUACUUUCCCAUCGGUCCAUCC